AUGGAACCUUUUCAAGAUCCUAUUGCUAUUGAAGAGUAUAGAAGGAAGUUAGGCUUUCAGAAUUGCAAGGUUACUUUGCAACUAACUCACUCAUCCUUGAAUCAAUCAGUGCUGGUGUCAGCAGUCUAUGCUAAAUGUGAUAGACAAGAGAGGGAAGAGUUGUGGGAAGAUAUGGUGGACUUAGCAAAUCAGCAAGACCUUCCUUGGAUAAUAGGAGGGGAUUUUAAUGUCAUAGUGUCUGAUGAGAAGAAGCAAGGUGGCCUUCCAGUCUCCUCCAAUGAGACUUUGGAUUUUUCUACCUGUAUACAAAGUUAUGGUUUGAUUGAUGUAGGAUUCACUAGAAGUAAAUUCACCUGGUGGAAUGGGAGGACUGAAGAAGAUUGCAUAUUCAAAAGGUUAGACAGAAUACUGGUGAAUCACAAUGCACAUCACAUUGUCAAAUCUUUUAAGUUACUUAAUUUCUGGACAAAGCAUCAUACAUUUGUGGAGGUGGUAAAGGAGAAUUGGACUGCUGAUUUCUGUAGAAAUCCAUUUUAUGUAUUUCAUCAAAUGUUAAAGAAACUUAAAAGAGCACUGGUUCAAUGGAGCAGGAACACAUAUGGAAAUAUAUUUCAGCAGAUUGCCACUAUUGAAGAUACUAUAAAGGUGAAGGAGUUGCAGUUUGAAAAUAAUGCUUCAAGGGAGAAUAGAAUGCUGUUACAUCAAGCACAGGCUGAACUAACCAGAUUUUUACACCUGGAGGAGGAGUAUUGGAAGAAGAAAGCUAGUAUGAAAUGGUUCAAUGAUGGAGACAGAAAUACAAAAUUCUUCCAUUCAUAUGUGAAGGAUAGGAGAAAUAAAUUAACUCUGAAAAGAAUACAAGAUCCUUCUGGUACAUGGCUGGAAAAUGAAGUAGAUAUUGGUUCUGAGGCAAUCAGGUUCUUUGAGUCACAAUUUAGUGAAGAAAAUUCAGGAAGGGAUUAUGCUAAUAUAUUGGCAAAGGUUCUGCCUAAUAUUAUUUCUCACAAUCAGACAGGAUUUGUGAAAGGAAGGAGCAUUGCAGAAAACAUAUUACUGGCACAGGAGAUCAUAAGAGAUAUUAACUUGAGAGCUAAACAUACUAAUGUGGUGAUCAAAUUAGACAUGGCAAAGGCAUAUGAUAGACUCUCCUGGAUUUUUUUGACUAAAGUAUUAAGACAGUUUGGGUUUGGAGAGGUUCUCAUUGAUUUAGUAUGGAGAUUGCUUUCAAACAACUGGUAUUCAGUAUUAAUCAAUGGUCAAAGUCAUGGCUUUUUCAGAUCAAGUAGGGGGGUAAAGAAAGGUGAUCCACUUUCUCCUACAUUGUUCAUUAUAGCAGCAGAGGUCUUAACAAGGAGUCUGAAUAAGUUACAAGAGAAGCCAAGUUUCAUAGGCUAUGGAAUGCCAAAAUGGAGUCCUCAAAUCAAUCAUUUAUCUUAUGCUGAUGAUACAAUCUUAUUCUGUUCUGGGGAUGGAUACUCUUUAAAGAAUAUGAUGAGGAGAUUGAGGAAUUAUGAGAAGGCUUCAGGACAGCUGGUCAAUACUGAUAAAAGUUGUUACUAUGUUCAUCACAAGGUUUCUGCCAGAGUUAAUAGCAGGAUUAAAAGACAUACUAAGAUGAGAAAUGUGUCACGACCCGUCUAG